UUCUCUUUCGAAGUACCAUAGCAAAGGCACAUGACUGUUUAUGUCUUUAGAUGGAAACAUUAGCCAUUGUAGUCAUGGGAUGUAAUGAUAUCUAGAAGCACAGUAUCUUUUAUAAGUUUAGGAAACUGUGGAGUAGUUAGCUAGAUAGUAGCCUUCUGAGUCCUGGGAAUGGAUUUCUCUAAGAAGUAGAUGCCGGAAGAUUGCAGCAGAAAGAAGCCAUGAAAUCGUCAUGCAAAGAUUUUUCCUAGAGAAGAAACAAACACUCAAGAUGGGAAGUAACAGCACAAACAGUAUGAGAGUAAAGUGCACUUAUCUACAGAUGCUGUUUCAGGACCCCAUCUUUGCAACCACCUGUAUCUUUUGGCAGGAGUCAUAAUUCCACAGUUUUCCUUGCUUAACAUACUGAGAUAUUCAAGAUGGGUAGCAACAGUACCAGCAGUGCUGAGAGCAAUUGCAAUACCACUUAUUUGACAUUUCAAUACUCUCUGUAUGCAACUACUUAUAUCUUCAUAUUCAUCCCGGGUCUCCUGGCUAACAGUGUAGCCCUGUGGGUUCUGUGCCGCUUCAUCAGCAAGAAGAACAAGGCUAUCAUCUUCAUGAUCAACCUCUCAGUGGCAGACCUUGCUCAUGUCCUGUCCUUACCUCUUCGGAUUUACUAUUAUAUCAAUCGUCACUGGCCAUUCCAGAGGGCCCUUUGCCUGCUGUGUUUCUAUCUGAAAUAUCUCAACAUGUAUGCCAGCAUUUUUUUCUUGACAUGCAUUAGCCUUCAGAGGUGCCUCUUUCUCCUCAAGCCAUUCAGAGCCAGAAACUGGAAGCGUAGGUACGAUGUGGGCAUCAGUGCUGCUGUCUGGAUCAUUGUGGGGACUGCCUGUUUGCCACUUCCCAUCCUGAGAAGUGCUGGCUUAGCCAAUAACAGUGAAUCGUGCUUUGCUGAUUUAGGACUUCACGACAUUAGUAUGGCUUCGUCCAUUGGCAUGGUAACUGCAGCUGAACUUGGAGGGUUUGUACUGCCUGUUGUAAUUAUUACAUAUUGCACAUGGAAAACAAGAAAAUCUUUACAGGAAUUCCAAGAUCCACCUCAAAAUAUUAAAGAGAGGAAAAAGGCUUUGAGAAUGGUUCUAAUGUGUGCAGUGGUAUUCAUAGUCUGUUUCACUCCUUACCAUCUCAACUUCCCAUUCUUUAUGAUGGUAAAGCAACGUGUCUUCUCAAACUGUUCCUUUAUUAGGAGCACUCUAUGUUUCCACAUCAUUUCCUUGUGUCUUGCAAAUCUGAAUUGUUGUCUUGAUCCAGUUGUGUAUUAUUUUAUGACUUCAGAAUUUCGUGAUCAAUUUUCAGAACAUGGGAAUUUGGUCAUCCAGUCAUGUUUGCAUUGUAAGGACAGUACUUUGGAAAUUCGUCAGAGGAAAGAGAAUCUUCAGACUAUCUCUCUGGAAUGUUUGGAUGUUCCAACACAAUGUGAUGAAAUGGUUAUCUAAAAUAAUCUUUAUACUCUGUCAGUUGAGCCAUUUCAAAGUGACACUGAGUAUCAUGAAGAAACUCAGCCACUUCACUCAAAAUAAUCUGUCUACAGGAAUUCUCUAUACCAAGAUUAUUAGUGGACUAUGUGAGAAAAAAAAAACCUUUCAUACAAUGUGAUAAUCGAGAGAAAUAAUCACAUAUAUGUUCCUCAGUAAUAGGGCCAAUAGUCUCAUCUAUUAUUGAGGAAUGCAAAAUAUGUUAAAAUUUAGUGAACAUGUACAAUUUAUUCCAAUCUUUAAAAGUAUACAUUAGAAUAUGACCCUAUCUUUAUUUAGAAAACAUACACUACUUAAGCCAAUUGUGUUAUAGAAUGAUAGCUUUUCAUAUUGACAUGAAUUAUGGAAAUUAGCAACAGUAUAACUUAAAAUAUCUUUAAGAUUAUCUUUUCCUCACUUUAAAGAAAAAAAUCAAUUCAGAUGAGCCUCUGAAAGUUAUCACUGAAGUCACAGACUAUGCAAACACCUAAAAUAGAAUUGUGCUCUGCAUAUUUAAAAAUGAGGAAGGCGGAUUUCUGAGUUCGAGGCCAGCCUGGUCUACAAAGUGAGUUCCAGGAUAGCCAGAGCUAUACAGAGAAACCCUGUCUCGAAAAACAAAACAAAACAAAACAAAAAUAAUAAUAAAAUAAAAAUUAGGUUAAAGGCUUAAAACAACUCUGAAUGGCUAUGAGUUUGUGAUAUGAUACAUAUAUUUUGCUGUCACUAAUUGGGAAAUAUUCUCAUAUGUCUUUAUUAUGAUUCACCUGGCUAGGUGUAUUGUUUCAUAUGUAACUUUACUCGAUUCAUUUAAAUCGAUUGAUUAAUGAAGACUCACACAACUCAUACAGUUUUCAUUUUGGUAAGGUUUAGUUGAGCCUAAUUAUUUUUUUAAGUAGACUAUGCCAACGAACUGAAUCAAAUUUUAGCAUUAAUGCAGAGCAAAUAUUGCCACUUUAAAAAAAUCCCUGUAGCUGAGUUAUUACUAAUAUAAAUCAUCCAAACUGGAAAUUUUGUAUCUUACAAUUUUUAAAUAUUGGGUAUCAUUAAAAUGAAAUUUUAUAAAGCAAUGGUUAGUUUUAUGAAUUACUGUUUUUGUCCUGUCUCUACGUUUUUUGGUGUCUACUUUUUUCAAGUAGCCUUUAGCUCUUAUUAUAUUUUUGGGUUAGCAUAUAAGGGAAUGGAUUUCAUGGUGAUAUUUUCAUAUGCAUAUAUCAUCUUAAUUGGUUCUUAUUUACUCCCCACAACCUUGGCUACCAUCCAAUUCCUGUUGGUGCCUUCCUUCUAAAUUUUCUCUUUUGCACUCUUGAUACAAAUGUUUAUUACAUCUUGUAUUUGAUUACCUCCCUUAUACUUUGUAUGCAUCCUGUUUACAUUUUUCUUCCCCUCUCUACUUUUAUGUUUUGCAUAUAUAUUGUGUAUUAUAAAUAUUUGAAAAAUGUGAUAUUUGUCUGGCUUAUUUUGCUUAACACACUGAUCUUCAGUUUCAAAAAACGUUAUAAAUUAAUUCUUCUUUACACAUCAAUAAAAUUCCAGUUUAUACAUACUGC